CGUUUUGGGGCUGCAUGCGGGGGCACAGGCAGCGCUGCUGCUGCAGCUGCCGCACCUCGCAGUCUGCUUGGCGGUGCUGCAGCUGCGGCACUUGCGGCAGCCAGGGCUCUUCGCAGUUCGCCACCAGACACAGCAGCAGCAGCAGCAGCAGCAGAGGCAGCAGCAGCAGCAGGGGCCCGAUUGCCCUGCUCCGCUACUAAAGUUUGGCUCCAUUGACAAGCAAGUUGCUGCAGCAGCCGUGCAACAGCUCAAGUGGAGGUGGCGGCGGCGCCUACCUGAAUAUUUGCUGCAGCUAAAACAGCAGCAGCAGCAGCUGCAGCAGCAGCAGCAGCAGCAGCAGCAAGGGCCAACAGCGCACUCUAGAGAGGACACUGCGCUGCUGCGGCAAGCUCUCGCUGCAGCAACUGCAGUCGCAGCCGUCCCCUUAACAUCAGUCAUGGGGGGAGAUGCAGCAGCAGCAGCAGCAACAACAACAGCAGCAGCAGCAGCCAGAGGGCAACGAGAAACACCAAUCAGCGUUCUCCGGCUGCUGGCGCUGCAGCAGCUGCUGCGUGCUGCUGCCAAUAGGGGCCUGGCCUAUGGAGUGGUCUCUGCAGGCCUGCGGCUUGAAGCUGCGCUGGUGUUGCCCCCCAGCAGCAACAGCAGCAACAGCAGCAGCAGCAGCAGCAGCAGGGGAAGUUUUCUGUCUCCUUGGUGGAGAGAUACAGCCCUUGCUGAGGCGCAGCUGCUCACUUGCAGCACUUUCUGCUGCUCAGCCACAGCAGCAGCAGGACAAGAGGCGUGGCUGCUGCAGGCAAGAGCGGCGGCUGCUGUUGCUGCUGCUGCUGCUGCUGUUGUUGCUGCCCCUCAUGCCCUUGCUGCUGUUGAGAGGUCUAUUUGUCCUCACAGCGAAGCUCCACGGAGCAGCAGCAGCAGCAGCAUCAGCCGCAACAACAGCAGCGACACCAGCAACAGCCGCAGCAGCAACACAAGCAGCAGCAGCAGCAACAGCAGCAGCAGCACGACAAACAGUACCCCCUGCAGCGACUUAGGCGUUGCGCUGCAGCAGUACUUCGGAAGAGGCCUGAAGGCGGCCGAGAGACGACUUGCUGCUGCUGCUGCUGCUGCAGCAGCAGCUGCUGCUUCCUCCUGUGGCCCUGCGUCUCUUGCUGCAGCAGCAAACGCGUGGCGAGCUCGCUGCCUGUUAGCGCUUGGAGAUUUCUCGAGAGCACUGGAGGCCUCGACAGCGUCGGCCGAAGCUGACCUGUGGGCUGCUGCCGGCGACGCUGCCCCCGCAGCAGCAGCAGCAGCAGCAAGAGCAGCAGCAGCAGCAGCAGCAGCAAGUGAAGAAGGCGUGCGGGACUCCCGCCUGCUAGAGUCUCUGCAGAAGAAUACUCUUUGCCCUCUUGGACCCUUCAGCGCCUUGAGCCUCCGGGCUGCCUCUCUGUGGGGCCUCCGCCGCCCCACAGAAGCUGCUGCAGCACUUCGCCUCUGCGGCCAAGUCAACGCAGCUCUGCAGCAGGCCUUAGCUGACCCGCAGCAGCAGCAGCAGCAGCAGCAGCGGCAGCAGCAGCAGCAGGGGAAAGGCGCGGAGCAGCAGAGCCGCUACCACCGCCGCACUGCAGCAGAAGCAAAACGCCUCAAUGCCCGCAAGGCGCUGCAACGGGGGGCCCCCCCGGCCUUUUCUUUUCUUUAA